AAGAAAGAGGGAAGGAGAGAGAGGAGGGAGGGGAGUGGUGGAAAAAGCCACCCGGGAUCCCCCCUUCCUCCCCGGCCCCCCACCCCGGCGCCCCCCGCGCUCCCCGGCGGCGCUGGCGGUGCAGAGGGGCGAGGGGGGCCGGCGGGACCCCGCUGCGCCCCUCCGCCGCCGGGGUCCUGCCCGCGGGGAGCGAAACCCUUCGGCUCUCCCCCUUCUGCCCUCCCCUCCCUCCUCCCUCCCUCCUUCCUUCCUUCCUUCUCCACGCUUGUCCCGAGGAGGGAGGGGGGCACCGGCUCGCAGUCCGCCUUCACGCCUGCCCGCCUGGGCGCCGCUGGGCUCCCGCGCGCCCCCCGGCCCCUACGGGUGCCCCCCGCGCCCCCGGCCCCGGCCCCCUCGGAUGCAGGCGAGCGAGACCCCGGAUGGAUUUCGGGAGCGUCAUGAACCAGGCCGCGACCCCGUGCUCCCCCCCUGUCAACUAUGAGCUGCCAUCCCAGGGGGAGAGCAUCACGAAGCAGGUAGACACCCUGGAUGCCACCAAAUCCCCCAGGAGUGGACAGUCACGCCGAAAAACGUCCAGGAGCAUGAGCGUGACUGCAGCCAUGGAGAGCAGCUGCGAGCUGGACCUGGUGUACAUCACGGAGCGGAUCAUCGCCGUCUCCUACCCCAGCACAGCUGAGGAGCACAACUUCCGCAGCAACCUCCGGGAGGUGGCCCAUAUGCUGAAAUCCAAGCACGGGGACAGCUACGUGCUUUUUAAUCUCUCUGAACGGAGACAUGACAUCAACAAACUUCACCCCAAGGUGCUGGAUUUUGGGUGGCCUGACCUGCACACCCCUGCGCUGGAGAAGAUCUGCAGCAUUUGCAAAGCCAUGGACACGUGGCUCAACGCGGCGCCUCACAACAUGGUGGUGCUGCACAACAAGGGGAACCGCGGCCGGCUGGGGGUUGUCGUGGCUGCCUACAUGCACUACAGCAACAUCUCGGCCAGUGCGGACCAGGCUCUGGACAGGUUUGCCAUGAAGCGCUUCUACGAGGACAAGGUGGUGCCGGUGGGACAGCCCUCACAGAAGAGGUAUAUCCAUUACUUCAGCGGCCUCCUGUCUGGCACUAUCAAGAUGAACAACAAACCUCUCUUCCUCCACCACGUCAUCAUGCACGGCAUCCCCAACUUUGAGUCGAAAGGCGGUUGUCGGCCCUUCCUGAAAAUCUACCAGGCCAUGCAGCCCGUCUACACCUCGGGGAUCUACAACGUGCAAGGCGACAGCCAGAUGGGCAUCUGCAUCACCAUUGAGCCCGGCCUACUCCUCAAGGGUGAUAUCUUGCUGAAAUGCUACCACAAGAAGUUUCGCAGCCCGACGCGUGAUGUGAUUUUCCGCGUGCAGUUCCACACGUGCGCCGUGCACGACCUUGACAUUGUCUUUGGCAAGGAGGAUUUAGAUGAAGCUUUUAGAGAUGACCGCUUCCCUGAGUACGGGAAGGUGGAAUUUGUGUUCUCCUAUGGUCCUGAGAAGAUCCAAGGUAUGGAGCACCUGGAGAAUGGGCCCAGUGUCUCUGUGGACUACAACACAUCUGAUCCACUCAUCCGGUGGGAUUCCUAUGAGAACUUCAACAUUCAGCGUGAGGACAGUGUGGAGGGCUCCUGGGCCGAGCCACCCCUGGCUGGCAAACACCUGGAGAAAGAGGUUGGGCAUACGCAAGGGCCCCUGGACGGGAGCCUCUACGCUAAGGUGAAGAAGAAAGACUCCCUCCACGGCAGCAGUGGUGCCGUCAACACCAACCGCCUCCCGCUCUCAGCAACACCGAACCAUGUUGAGCACACGCUCUCAGUGAGCAGCGACUCAGGCAACUCCACCGCCUCCACCAAGACCGACAGGACCGAUGAGCCGGGGGCACCCGCUGCGCCCGCUGGCCACACGGUGCUGAGCCCUGAGGAGAAACGGGAGCUGGACCGUCUCCUUGUUGGCUUUGGCUUGGAGAGUGCGGCACCCAUGCACAACCACGCACCGGGCCCUGUGCCCACGCGCUUGCCCACCAUGCCAGGCCGCCACGUGGUGCCAGCUCAGGUGCACGUCAACGGGAAUGCUGCACCGUUGGUUGCUGAGCGGGAAACAGAUAUCUUAGACGAUGAGCUGCCCAACCAGGAUGGGCACAGCGUGGGCAGCCUGGGCACACUCUCCUCCUUGGAUGGCACCACAACCACCAGCGAGGCCGGGUACCAUGAGGCACCCCGUGUAGGGAGCCUCUCAUCCCUGCCCAAUGGCCCUUCAAGCUACAACGGCACUGAGAAGCUACUCAAAGAGGGGCUCUAUGAUGCGGAGCCACUCUCCAAUGGUGGUUACCCCUACAACAACCAGAACACGCUGAUGGGGCAUCACCUCCGUGACCCACUGGCUCACCUGCGGCCUUCAGCGUCCGCUCAGGAGAGCCUGGCAGGCUAUCCACAGAGGCAGCCGGGCUUACCUUCCCCGGUCUGGAUCCAGCCCCAGCCACUGGCCACUGUCCAGCCCUACUUGUAUAGCUAUGAACCUUCUGGUGCCUAUCGCUCCCAGUCCUUCCCGACGGUGGACAUGGCCAAGUAUGAGACAAACCCCACUCUGCCCCAGGCCCCAGUUCGCAGCACCAGCAGCCGGGAGGCCGUGCAGAGAGGCUUGAAUACCUGGCAGCAGCAAGGUGGGAGUCGGCCACCUUCCCGGCAGCAAGACGGCGGCUUGGAGAGUCACAGCCCCAGCGUGUCCAGCUGCAGCCCCCAGCCCAGCCCAUUACAGCUCGUGCCCCCACACAGCCACAGCAUGCCUGAGUUCCCUCGGGCACCCUCUCGCCGAGAGAUCGAGCAAUCCAUCGAAGCACUUGAUGUCCUCAUGCUUGACCUCGCUCCCACUGUGCACAAGUCGCAGAGCGUGCCUAUGGCCUCCCGUGAAGACAAGCCAGGGCCCCUGGUGUCCUCACUCUCAGCCCAGCCUGUCUCAGGCCUCUAUGCCCAGCCAGCUCUGCAGGUGGCCCAGCCAAGGUCUUUUGGCACCUCCUUGAGCCCCACAGCCUCUGAACCUGUGCCCAAAGCCUAUUCUCCCAUGGGUCGAGUUGCUGGGGAGCCAGACUACAUGGUGCAGGAUUACCGGGAAACCUAUUCACCCUACAGCUACCAGUCGCCUCCGGUGCCAGAGCCGAGGAGUUACAGCCAUGCCCCGGCCAGUGCUCCGGUGAGCGUCAUCCCACUCAGCACCUCAUACAGCCCCGCAGGAUCUCAGCAGCUCCUAGUCUCCUCCCCACCUUCCCCUACAGUCCCGGCACAAACACAGCUGCCCCCCAAGGGACUGGAGAGCUAUGAAGACCUAUCGAGAUCAGCAGAAGAACCCUUGAAUCUGGAGGGCCUGGUGGCCCACAGGGUGGCAGAGGUGCAGUCUCAGGAGAAGCCCCCAGAUGAGAGUGCCGUCCCUGCCUGCAAGCGGUCCCCCAGCGAGAGCCACUAUGAGAAGAGCUCGCCAGAGCCCAGCUCACCGCGCAGCCCCACGGUCCGCUCGCCUGUGCACAGCGUCUCGCCCGAGGUGGUCAGCACUAUCGCAGCUAACCCUGGAGGGAGGCCCAAAGAGCCUCACCUCCACAGCUACAAGGAAGCCUUCGAAGAGAUGGAGGGUGCCUCCCCCACCAGUCCACCCCCCAGCGGCGGUGAGAUUUCUCCCCCCACCCCAGCCUUCCCUGCCUCGCCACAAACCCCUUACUCCAACCCCCUGCGUUCUCCGCCUGGCCUGGCCAAGACCCCGCUGUCAGCACUGGGGCUGAAACCCCAUAACCCCGCCGAGAUCCUGCUGCACCCGGUGGGAGAGCUAGAAGGGGAGGCAGGAGUUGACUCUGGUGAAGAGCCCAGGAGCUACGUUGAGUCGGUGGCACGGACGGCCACGAUAGGCAGGGGAGGGAGCCUGCCGACUGUCCAGCCAGAGGCUACGGAGGCACCCACCAGGAACGGCACCUUCUCCAACUCCUUCACCACCCCCAGCCCCAUCUCCACCAGCAGCCCCAUUCACAACGUGGACGGAGCCUCCAUCCGCAGCUAUCCUUCAGAGGGCAGCCCCCACGGCACGGUUACGCCUCCCCAUGCCUUGGCCGAAUCUACUUACCGAUCGCCUGUUGCCUCCCAAAUGCCCUCUGCUCAAAGCAGCUACCAAAACUCGUCUCCAUCCUCCUUCAGCGUGGUCCAAGGUGGGGCCCCAGGCCCAGCAUACAGCAGCCCUGACUACCCUGACAGCCAUGGUGGCCUCCAGCCGGACCCACAAGCUCGGCCACAGCCACAGGUCAGCGUGGUGGGGGUUCACACACUGCCGGGGAGUCCCCGCACCCUGCACCGGACAGUGGCUACCAACACACCGCCCAGCCCAGGCUUUGGACGAAGAGCAGUCAACCCCAGCAUCACGGGUGCUCCUGGUAGCCCUGGCUUGGGCCGGCAUGCCGUGGCAACCCACAGCAACCUGGCCACAGCGCCGGGGAGCCCCAGCAUGGCCAGACAUCAGGCCAUGGCAGCUGGCCCCCCCGGCAGCCCUGCAUACGGCUACACCACCCCGGAGGAGAGGCACCCAACACUGUCUCGGCAGAGCAGCUCCUCCGGCUACCAGCCUCCCUCCACGCCGUCCUUCCCUGUCUCGCCGGCGUAUUACCUUGGCACCAGCACGCCCCACUCCUCCUCGCCGGACUCGGCUGCUUACCGGCAGGGCAGCCCCACACCGCAGCCCGCACUGCCUGAGAAGAGGAGGAUGUCGGCUGGGGACCGCUCCAACAGCCUGCCCAACUACGCCACCAUCAAUGGCAAGACGUCCUCGCCCCUCUCCAGUGGCAUGUCCAGCCCCAGCGGUGGCAGCGCUGUGACUUUCUCCCAUACUCUUCCAGACUUCUCCAAGUUUUCUAUGCCAGACAUCAGCCCUGAGACUCGUGCCAAUGUCAAGUUUGUCCAAGACACUUCCAAGUACUGGUACAAACCAGAGAUCUCCAGGGAGCAAGCCAUCACGUUGCUGAAGGACAGGGAGCCCGGGGCUUUCAUUAUCCGCGACAGCCACUCCUUCCGGGGAGCCUACGGCCUCGCCAUGAAAGUGGCGUCCCCACCUCCCACGGUCAUGCAGCAGAACAAGAAAGGAGACAUCACCAACGAGCUGGUGAGGCACUUCCUCAUCGAGACCAGCCCGCGGGGUGUGAAACUAAAAGGAUGCCCCAAUGAGCCCAAUUUUGGGUGCCUGUCGGCUCUGGUGUACCAGCACUCCAUCAUGCCUUUGGCCCUGCCCUGCAAACUGGUCAUUCCUGAUCGAGAUCCUACUGAGGAAAAGAAAGAUGCAGCAUCAUCCAGCAACUCCGCCACCGACCUCCUCAAACAGGGUGCGGCCUGCAAUGUCCUCUUUAUCAACUCGGUGGAGAUGGAGUCACUCACGGGCCCCCAGGCCAUUGCAAAAGCUGUCUCUGAAACUCUGGUCGCUGACCCUACGCCCACUGCUACUAUCGUCCACUUCAAAGUAUCUGCACAAGGCAUCACCUUAACAGACAACCAGAGGAAAUUGUUCUUCCGACGACACUACCCUCUCAACACUGUCACCUUCUGCGACCUGGAUCCCCAGGAAAGAAAGUGGACUAAAACUGAUGGCAGUGGCUCAGCCAAGCUCUUUGGCUUCGUGGCCAGGAAGCAAGGGAGCACCACAGACAACGUUUGCCACCUCUUCGCUGAGCUGGAUCCAGAUCAGCCGGCUGCAGCCAUCGUCAACUUUGUCUCCAGGGUCAUGCUUGGCUCCGGCCAGAAAAGAUGAGCUGGCGCUCACGGGUGAUUCUUGAAUUUUGGAGAAGGACUUGGAGCCGAUCCGAGAAGGAGUGCAAGGAAGUGCAUUGUGGGAGAGGGAAGUGAAUUGGGGGGGGGGAAGGGUUGGAAUUUUGGAAGAAAACAGCAAACAACAAAAAACUCCAACAAAAUCCCUAAGAACUCAACAGAAGCCAAACACACACACAAAGGAAUCAAAACCAUGCACCUAUGUAACAGAGCCACAGAGUCACGCCAAAGGGGGAAGGACAUGGAUGCAUGUCCUAUCGCACAGGGAAGGUGACCAAAGCGAAGCCGGCAACGAGAGGUAUAUUCCCAGCUUUUGGCGUUGUGGUCCUGAGGGUGGACCAAGCGGUGAUGUUUGCUGUGGACUGAAUGUGGGAUUAUGGCUGAUGUGCCACCUGGAAAAAAGAAGCCAUGGGCAAAACCCGCAAGAGAAGCUCCAUCCUGACAGCUCCGUUUGCAAACAUCUGUUUCAUGUUUGAACCAACACAUAGAAAAUAAAACCCUACUGGCACAUAAGACAGGUCUGCAGGACAAUGGAGGAGAAGCCCUUGGAAACCUUCCUUUGCCUGGCUGCAGCAGAGGGUCCUUGCGGGCCCCUGUGCUCUCUCCAAACCUUGCUGCCUGGUGACUUGCUAGGGCACGCGAGGGCUUGGUCUCGAAUCCUCCCGUCCCCUGGGAGUUUGGCCUUGGCUUGAUUUCUGUUGCUGGCCCAGAGCCCGGUCAAAGUCCAGGACUGGUCACAGGUGAGCAGUGUGAAUCUUCCCAGAGAGGGGGAAUUGCAGCAUUUCCACACAUCUCCCCAGGCGUGCUUGUGCUCAGCCAUGAGCCUGCUGCGUGUGGCAUCGUGUCGGGGCUGCAGCCGCUCUGCACCUGGGAGAAGGCAAAUGCGCGCUGGGAACUUCCUGGGUUGAUCUAGAGUUGCCUCCUGUCCUGCCUUCCCUUUUUCCCACCUGUCACUAGUCCUCUUUGGCAGUUUUCUCCUGCGGCCUGUCACAUUGUUCUCUUAACAAAAAGAAAAGGAAAGAAAAAUAUUGUAAUAAUAAUAAUAUUAUUAAUAAUAAUAAUAAUAAUAGCAGAUGCUGGCACAGAUGGGUUUUCUGUGCAAAGCAAUGGACCCGUGGCUAGCCCUGUCUCUCUCUUCGGAGAUGUGCAAGCAGUUUUUAAAUUGCAUGAAUGUUCAGUUGCACGAAAGGCAAAUGACUACAAGUAACUGAAGCGCUUUUUACAUUUUAUUUAGGAGGCCACGUUAAAAAAAAAGGGGGGGGGAAGAAAAUUAAGGAAAAAAAAAGGACUUGCAGUCACUGGGCAACUUUGGCUUGGUAGGGAGGUAUCAGGUCCUCCAAGAGCCAGCCUGCUCAGCCUGUGUAUCCCCCUGUAGCUGGCCUGCUGGAGGCUUGCAUCUCUGAAAGUACUGUCGUUUUGCAGUGACUUAGGUGCCGUCAGCUUUUCUCUUUGCUUCAGGAGGUUUGUAUGGGGUGAGAGAGGGCGAAGGGUGAGCAGAGCUAUCAGCCCCUGAGCCACUGCACCAGGUCUGGCAGUAGGGAGCAAAUGGAAGUCCUUAGCCCUGUUGUGGUGCCCAGUGGGGUCUGGCUGGCGGUGGGGAUGCAGGGGGCACAGAGUGCCCUGGUCACAUGUGCAGAUCCAAGGGCAGCAGGAAUAGUCUGGAUGGAGCUGCUGGGUUACUGAAAACAAGGGCUGAGCCCCCAGCUAUGAACAUCCCCCACUUAGAAGCCCCCUGAGCUGGAUGGGGAGGGCCGUGCCGCCGGCGGCUCAACCUGCUGGUGCCCUGUGACGGCGGCUGCGGAUGCAGCGACCUAAGGGAUGGGCUGUGCUUGGGGGGGGGGGGGGGCAGGAGCCAGGCAAAUGCAAAAGCCAAGAGCUGCUUCAGAGAAAUCUUGGGUGCAAAGUGGCCCAGAUGGCCUGUUGGGGGCAAAAAUUUGGAACAGUACUACAGCCCUGCAGAGCCCGCUGGAGAGCUCGCCUCCCUCAGACUGCCCCGGCCUUGAUAGCUAUAAUAUAUAUAUACUAGCUAUACUGAUAAAAUAUUGUAAGCUAAUGAAAUUUUAAGGAGGAAAAAAGGUUAAAUUUACACUCCAAAAAAUAUUUAUUUUUGCCAUAUUGCUUUCUGCACAUUGUACCUCCCCCAUUGCAUCUGCCUCCCCUCCUUUCCCUGCCCCAGGGGAGCACCUGCAUGUUAAAAGAAAAUCCAGAGCAGGGAAAAAUGCUACCGGGGCAAAGCCGCGGCUCUCGAGUCGAGGAGGGCGACGUCGGCGCAGGGCCCUCUGAGUCCCCCCCUUUCCCCUUUCAGCUCCCCCCGACCUGCCACCGCUGGGAGCUGCGGAGCAUGCGAGCGGGCAUGCGUGUGACCGCGAGCGUGUGCGUGUGCAUGUGCGUGUGCGAGAGAGCGAGCGAGCGAGCGGCGUGGGCGCGCGGAGGGGGCUUUCGUUGCUGGAGACUUGCUGUAAAGCGUUGGAUGUGGAGCGGGGAGUUGGUCGUGAGACUGUGGCAGGAUGGGGGCUGUCCGGGGUGGGGGGUUGGGGGGGCUUCACCCCCCUCCCCCACCACCACCGCCGCCCCCCAUCCGCGUGGAUGUGAGGAUCUUUUAAUUUUGACGUUUCAAAAGUGAUUCCCUCCUUCUGUGAAAUUCAAGCAAAGUGAAAAAAGAAAUCUCACCCGUAAUCACCUCACCCUGCCUUUAACCAAUUGGAGAAACACUGUGUUUAUAGAUAUAUAAAUAUAUAUUUUUGAAAGUCUCUAUUUUUCAGACUUCAUUUUCUCACAGCUAAGAAAGAAAAGAGAUGAUAAUAAUGUAAUUUUAUUUUAAUCUGCUGCCUCGGAAACCGGUGCUUGAAACUCCUGUUCAUCUUUUUCUCCCCAUAAAAUGAAGCAGAUUAAAGCACCCCAGAGAUGCCAUGUAUAACCCGACCACAGCAGAUAGCUGCCGAUAACAUCACGCCUGCUUCGAGCUGUGACCCGCUCACAGCUUAAGUACUAACUCACUAGCUGAAGACAGAGGUUUAGACCACGUCCAAAUCUCGAACACUAAUAAUAUCGUCCAACGAUUAUAUAUAUAUUUUUAACGCAGAGCUAAUCACUUUCCAGUGGCGUAGCCAGGUAUUUUGUCAGCUACCUUUAAAGGCACUUUUCUUAUUUUAUCUCCUGUUUUUAAGUUACAUUAUCAUGUGUAACUACCCUUUCUGUCCCCAAUUCCCUGGAAGAGGCCGUCAGCUGGUGUUGAGGGAUCGCCCAGGUGCCUGUGCCAACGGGGCCGGCAGGGACCUACUAUCGUGUUGAUAUUUUCCUUUAUGAAAGGGACAGAAAAGAUUCUUUGUUUUUUCUUUGGUUUUAAAUGCAGUCAUGGUAUUUGAGAUUCGAGCUUGUGCAAGUUAAGCCCAGCAUAUGUUUUGUUGUAAUCACACUGCCGUUUUCAGCAGCCGGAUGUUAUCUCUCUCUCACACACACAAACACAUCCCUCAUUCGUGCACAAAGAACUGCAUAUAUUCUUGCCAAAGAUAUCCUUAAAAACGCACUUUUCCCCACAUAUAAAUAUAUAUAUUUUUUUGCGUGUGUAAAUUUAUUGUAUGUGCCCUUUUUUGUGUUGGUUUGUUCUUUGGAGAACCCCUUUCCCACUCCUCCUCCCUUUGCUGUCGAUUUUGCUGCUGGAUACGCUCCCGACAGAGGUUCGUUUGCUGCACGUCCCCAAAAAGCGGGUGACCUGUCGCAGAGCUGACCCUGGGCCGCCAGCGAGGCGGGUGGUGCCUGGCUCUCCCCGCAGCGCAUGAGACACGGGAUGUCCUUUCGCGGCACCUGCCUUCAGCUGCUGCCCCGGGAAUGAUUUUGGGGGAGCAUCCGUGUCAUUGUGUGCUGCAGGGAUGUGCCGUGGACCAGAGGGGGGGGGCAAAUUCUCACGGUCUUUCCCACAGGUGAACAUCUUGCAUGCUCGGCAUGGAGAGGGGGACCUGUUCCCCAUGUAGACAAGCAGUCGAAUCACGCAAAGCUCGGGGUUGCUCUGGGUGCAGAAGUUGCCUCCUGGAUCUCCCACCCUUGAGCACAGGGGGGGACCGGGCUGGCCUCAGCCCCCUCUGCCAGCCCAGGGCCAUGUGGCAGCUCAGCCCAGCCUCCCAGCAUUGAUUUUUUUCAUCAAGUUUGAAAGACCGAACCAAAGGGCAAAGUGUGCUGGGGUUGAGCAAAUUCCCACCCAGCAGGUCGGGUGGGUAAAGGAACCAGUUGCCCCAAAAACCCAGACAGCAGCAGCAGCAACAAAAAGGAAAAACCUUCCCACUGGAGCAAGCAGGAAACUCAGGCAGCAAAGGAGCCCGCAGAGGCUUGUUUGAUUUUGUUCGUUUUGCAAAUUGUGAGUUGGGUUUGGGGUUACUAUUUUUUUUUCCUUAAAAAGGAAAAAAAAAAAAAAAAAGAAAAAAGGAAAAGGAAGCAAUCGGAUAUUUCUGUUGGCGGAUCCUGUGCCGCCAUGUUACGCGUGUUAUUUUUGUUUGUUGUCUUUGUUACUUUGGGAACGUUACAGAUUUAUUUGCUAAUCAGUGUUAAUGAACAGUUUAAAACUUUUAGACUUUCCCAUUUCUGUGUAUUUAUAUAGAUGGAAAAAUACGUUAUAUUUUGUAUCUUUGUGCCCAUAAUGUGGUCGCGUGUGUAAAGAUGACUUCGGUCACACCAUGUCCGUGUGCGAAUGUGACUCCGCUUUCGUCUUCCCCUUUGUACAGAUGUCUGAUUCUUUGCAUUUCAUUGUAUGGCUUUAUAAAGUGGUAAAAACAAAAAUCAGUUAUAUAAAAUAUACUGUUGCUUGGAAUGCCAGCUUGGUGUCUGGAUUGCUGGAGCUGUAUCUUGAAAUAUAAGGGAGCGCAGGAAUAAAUGCUCUGUUCUGUUUGCACAGGGAAAAA